AUAAGAAUGAGGGUUAACAGAUUUAUCAACUUUUCAUAAGUGCGGCCGUCUCCCUAGGUAAUUAGGGUUAGUGUUUCUCCCGGCGGCGACUCCUUCUCGAUCGUGGAAGACUGGAAGGGAUGGAUAGUUUGGUUCGGGCAUUUGAUUUGGGGUAUUAGUCUGGAGCUUGGUUUUCUUUUUCCUUCGUGUUGUCUUUGAGUGCAGUUUUCUCUGGGGCAGCGGCUUUAGCUUCGAGUAUAGAGGCAGAUUUUGCUCAGUCUCUCUUCGUUCAAAUGAUGGAAGAAAUCGCUAACAAAUGCAGAGACAUGGUGAUUUGGAAUAAUGAAGGAAAAUUGGUGUUUGAGGAUGAAGCUCUUGAAGAGAAAGACAUGGGUGAGGAAGAGGCUCUGAAUAGGAGUCCUCGGGCGAAAGAAGACGAAGAGGUGGAUGAAGGUCUGAUGAUCCGUCCCCCUCCUGAGCCACCGCCGAGGAUGAUGCUUGCAGCAAGAAUUUGUUCGCUCUGUCUCAACCUUCUGAGACUACUUGUUCAGAAUAGGAUUGCAGAAUUCCACACUGAAUUGGAGCUGCUUUCUCCUAACGCCUUGGAGGAUCCUUGCAUAAAACAUGCUGUUGAGCUAGAACAGUCCAUGGAAGGAGCUUAAUUACAACCGUGUGUUGAAUGCUAGGCACGCAGUGCCUCAUGAAACCUAUGCUUAUUUCAUGGAUCUUCUGGCCAAGACUGUCAGCUUAUCAACCAAACACUCAGUUAUGCAAGGGAGUUGGAGCGAAUUAUCUGAGGGGGCUUUAAAUUGCUUAUAAUGUGAUCUGAUCCAGCCAAAAUAGAUCCUUGUGACAAUCGGGGCUCUUAGACCAUGACUGCAUGUCUGCAUCUAAUUUUUCCUGUAAAAGUGCACAUUUGUUUACUCUUUUCCCUGUUUGAGUUGAAAUUAAAUGUUUGGUUCAACGCGAAUAGCUUAUUUGAUGGACUUGGUUUUGAAUUGAG